AUGAUCGACAUGAAACUUGAGGAGCAUCUAGCUCUCCUGGGGGUUAUUCCUCGGAGCUAUACUCUAGCUAUUAUACCAUUGUUUAUUUAUUUGAUAUACAAGUGGACGUUGGCGACCGAUAUUCCUCACAUUAAAGGCCUCCCGGAGAUUCCGGGGGCAGUUCCAGUGUUCGGCCAUCUCCUCAAACUCGGCGAAGACCACGCAACAGUGUGUGAGCGAUGGUGGCGGGAAUAUGGCCACUCGGUCUUUCAAAUCAAGCUUGGAAACACAAGGGCUGUUGUGGUCAACUCGUUUGAUGACUGCCGGAAGAUGCUCCUUGGCCACCAGAAUGCAAUCAUCGAUCGCCCAAAGCUGUAUACCUUUCAUGGAGUUGUGAGCAGCACCCAGGGCUUCACCAUCGGCUCAUCACCUUGGGACGAUUCAUGCAAGAAAAAGCGCAAGGCAGCAGGUACGGCGCUUGGAAGGCCUGCCCUGCGAAAUUAUCAUCCGAUGUUUGAUCUGGAAAGUUACUGCAUUGUUCGCGACAUCUACCGCGAUAGCAAAAAUGGUCAAGUUGAACUCAACGUGCGACCAUACAUCCAACGAUUUGCUCUGAAUACGACUUUGACACUGUGUUAUGGGAUUCGCAUGGACGCCGUAUAUGACGACCUCUUGCGCGAGAUUCUACAUGUCGGCUCUGCUAUUUCACUUUUACGAAGUGCCUCAGAGAAUCUGCAGGAUUAUAUCCCUCUUCUACGGUACCUUCCCAAUAACGAGAAAACUGCCAGAUCAAAAGAGCUGCGCGAUCGUCGCGAUGCGUAUCUCAAUCUCCUCCUGGACAAGGUCCGGGCAAUGAUCAAGAAGGGCACCGAUAAGCCAUGCAUCUCUGCUGCUAUUCUGAAGGAUGAAGAAACAAAGCUUACGGGAGUCGAAGUUUCAUCGAUUUGCUUGUCACUAGUUUCUGGUGGCUUCGAAACAAUUCCUGGCACUUUGACGUCCUGCAUCGGCUCUUUGUCCACCCCCGAAGGGCAGAUCUGGCAGGAUCGUGCUUAUGAGGAUAUCAAGCGCCAUUACCCUGAUAUUCGCGAGGCCUGGACAAGCGCCAUUUCAGAAGAGAAAGUUCCUUACGUCAACGCCAUUAUCAAGGAAGCAGGGCGUUAUUACACAGUUAGCGCAAUGAGCUUGCCGCGGAAGACCGUGACGGAAGUGAACUGGAACGGAGCAAUCAUCCCACCCAAAACGAUGAUUUUGAUAAACGCCCAAGCAGGCAAUCACGAUGUGGAUCAUUUUGGCCCAGACGGUGGCAAGUUCGACCCCGAAAGGUGGUUGAAGUCCAUCGAUCCUCCAGUCGAGACGGAGGGGAGUGGUCUACCUCAUUUAAGCUUUGGAUCAGGGUCUCGGGCAUGUUCGGGUCAAUUCAUUGCCUCGCGACUACUUUACAGUGCUCUGGUGCGCCUUCUCUCUUCCUACAAGAUCGUUGCCAGUGAAGAGAAUCCACCAAAUACGGACUAUGUGGAGUAUAAUCAGUUCAAAACUGCACUUGUUGCUAUUCCAAGGGAUUUCAAGGUCCGGUUGAUACCCAGAGAUGAUGCUAUGACCAGUGAAUGCUUGAAUUUGGCAGAGCUUCGCACGAAGGAGCAUUAUAAGGAGUGA